AUGUCACCUCUGAAAUGUUCUGAGUGUUUUGGUGACCACCUUCUGCAUAGGACUUAUACCUGGCACCUCACACUACACCUGUCAAGGCCAAAUUUCAUAAGAAAAAGAGAUACCAGGUCUGAGAUUCUAGAAAUUCCAGUCAGUGUGGUUCUACCUCAGAGGGGCACUGCCGAGCCUUCCCUGAAGGUGUACAACUUGUACACCACCCCGAGGUGUGCCAGGCAGGCCGUCCUGCCGAGGCUCUGCCCCAGGGUCGUCAGCCAGCACUCCUACCCGCUGAACCGCUUUUCCUCCGUGCCCCUCGACCCCAUGGAGCGCCCCACCUCCCAGGCGGACCUUGAACUGGAUUACAAUCCCCCCCGGGUCCAGCUCAGCGACGAGAUGUUUGUCUUCCAGGACGGCCGGUGGGUGAAUGAGAACUGCCGCCUGCCGUCCCCCUACUUCUCGCCCUCCUCCUCAUUCCACCACAAGCUGCACCACAAGCGCCUGGCCAAGGAGUAUCUCCUGCAGGAGGAGAACAAGUCCCUGCGGGAGGAGAACAAGGUGCUGCGAGAGGAGAACAAGACCCUCCGCAAGGAGAACAAGAUCCUGCAAGCCUUCUGGGAGGAGCACAUGGCCACACUGGGCCGGGAGGACAGCAGGACCUCCCAGCCAGUGCUGCAGAAGGACAACACGGUGCUCGAGGCGGCCAAGAAGGACAACGCAGCCCUGCAGGUGCCUAGCAGCAAGGACAGCAGCACCCUCCAGCUCCUCCGAGAGGAGAACCGGGCCCUGCAGCAGUUCCUGGAGCACAGGAAGGCCUACUGGGUCCCGACAGAGGACAAGGCCACCCCUACCGAGGAAAACAAGCAGGCCCCCUCUCCCCACGAGGAGCCCCACAACCUCGGGCUGCUGCCCGACAGGAGCCCAGGCCUCUCCUCCCCCUUCGAAGAGCCCAAGGGGCCCUCCAGCCCACAGGGGGACUCCAGAACCCUGCGUGCCCUCCAAGAGAUGGUCAACAACCUGUCGGGGUCUUCGGGACAGGAGGAGAGCAAGGCCGGCCCGGGCCCACAGGAUGGCGGCCAGUUCCUGCAGCUGCUGAGAGAGAUGAACCAGGCGCUGCAGGCCCUGCGUGAGGAGAGCCAGGCGCUGCAGGCCCUGCACGAGGAGAACCGACUCCUGCAGGAGGAGAACCGGGCCCUGCACGUGCUGCGGGAGGAACACCGCCUCUUCCAGGAGGAGAACAAGGCCCUGUGGGAGAACAACAAGCUGAAGCUGCAGCAGAAGCUGGUCAUCGACACAGUGACCGAGGUCACCGCCCGCAUGGAGAUGCUCAUCGAGGAGCUUUACGCCUUCAUGCCGGCCAAGAACAAGGAACCCCAAAAGCCCGGCAGGGUCUGAAGCAUCGAGGAAGCAUGGAGGCACCAGGCCUGGGGUGUGCAAUACUCAGGGAAAGAAAAUCUCCCCACCUUCCUUUUGUCCUCCACGCCUUCCCCCACCGGUUAGUGCCUGUCAAA